AGUCGCACGAAAUAGCAAAAUUUUACUCAGUCGAUGAGAUUGCUUUCGCCAGUACAAGUCGGCAGUUUUAAUUAUAAAUCACAAAAAAUUACAAACUAAAAAAAAAAAACAAGUUAUCCAAAUCUGUGAUUGUGAAUCCUGCAAAAUGCCGUGUAAGAGAAGGACAACUAGUGCCCGACCAACAGCCAGAGCUCGAGAGAUCGAAGAGGAGCAAGAGGUCCACGCCAAAAUAAGGUCAUAUUCACGUUCCAGGGCGACAACAUUGAAGGCAUCAAGCGAGGCCAUCAAUCGCGACGUUUCACAUCCAACCAGCAAUAAGAAAUGUGAAACCAAUCUGAAUUCCAAAAAUGUUUCGCAAAAAGGACAAAAGUCACAGCUAAUGACAGAAAGCGCUGGGAAAUUUGAUUCGGAGACAAAGAGAAAACGGCAGGCGACAGUCAGUGGUUCCAAGUCCCAACUUUUGGACGAGUUAGCGAGUGAUUCAGAUAAUUAUGUCAAGCAACUUCGAACGUUUUUGCGAAGUACGUCAAAUACGGACGAUGAACAAAAGAGGGAUUCACCUGCACGGCAAAGCCGUUCUAGAUCAAGACGCAGAUGUACACAAAAAAAUGAAAAUCUCGAUGAACCGGAUCAAAAUACAAUUUUUAAAAAACCGGAAGUUUCUUCCAAAAUAAAUUUGGAAAAACAUAACCAGAGGACUUCAACGGAUAAAGAAAAGCAAUAUAAAGGUCAGAAACUAAAUUCCUCCAUUGAAUCGAUUUUGAAUGUUUAUGAUGAGUUACCAUCACAUUCGGACAAUCAAGCUUUAAACUUAAGCCAAAAACGUAAUAAUGCCUGGACUACGAAGUUGCCUGAGAGCAGUCCAAAAAAUAUACCGAAGAAGAAUUUCGAUUCAAAGUCUAGCGAUUUAGAAGAGGCCGAAGAGAAAACAUAUUUAAAACGUCAGUCUGAGAGGAAUUUUUAUUCAGGUUACCGUUCGGAGUCUGAAGGGACAAAUAUCACGCCGGCUAAACGUUCUAAAGCUCAAAUCAACUCAAUACCUAAACUAGAGUACAGUACUACGUACGGCCAGGCUCAGAAUUUAGUCGUGUCGGAAAACGCUAACAUAACACAAAAGCCGAGUUCAGAUAUAAAAUCGCGUUAUCGUUCGACUGAGUAUAAUCAGAUUAACAAGCCAGAUUCUCAACAGCCCAUCAACUAUGCCCAUCAGAAGGAAGAAACAAUAGAUAGGCGUCGUGAAAUGCACAUGAGAAAGGAACAUCAAUAUGUAGAUAAUCACCUGAACAACCCGGCACAAAAUAAGCCCGAUCGUACUGUAAGUUUUUUAGAAAUGCUCUCUCAGGCCGAAGCUAAAAAAGAAAGUAAUCAAGGUGCUAAAAAGCCAACGGUUAAUAAAGUUUCUAACGUUUCUCAAUAUCUAAUCGAUCUUGGCUUUACUGCCGGUAGCCCUAACCACGAUAGCAAUAGCAAUGAUGGUAACGAUGAGCAAGACAAUAUUGAUAGGCGCCUGAAUGCUGAUCUAGAUUCUUUAUUUACGACUGAUGAGCUGGCAUGUCCACCUCCACCUCCACUAGCAAAGAUUCCAACAAAUCUGACAGUUGAAAGACCACAUUCUCGGCUAUCGGAUCCCAAGAAAAUAGAAUCUGAUAUAGAUGCACGCCUCCAGGCGGAACUGGAUUCUCUACCCAUGGUAGCGGUACCAGCUGACGAGAAUAUAGAACCAUUAGGUAAAACUGACCAACACUUUUCAGUACCUACAAACAAGAACUUGUCGGAGAACAAAGCUUUUCCGAAACCGAAUCAGGUAUGCAUUCCUCCACAACCAGCUAUUCCUCCACAACCAGCCAUUCCUCCAGCACCAGCCUAUUGUAUGGCCAACAAAACCAUGGAUACAGGAAUGUCUAGCGUUGUUCAGAUGGCUAAUAAUCCGCUUGCUUCAACUCAGCAUCACGCCUUGCCACAAGUGCCGAUAGUCACGCGACUUAAGGUUGAUCAGGGUGAGGAUGUAUCCGUCAAAUUUACCACCGGUCUGGAUGGACUAAUUACCAAUGUGCAAUUGCUGCCAUCAACGAUGGCAAUGGGUCAGCCAACAGUGAAGGCCACCGAAUUAGAAAGCUUUACGGCCCAGCAACUGAAUAUGUUAUUACAAAGUGGACAUCCCUACCUGUCCUUGCCCAUGACUAACUCUGGAGUUCCAGGUGCCGUGCUACAGGAAACGUUACAGACCAAAGAUGCAGGAUUUCCAUCUGAACAAGCGGUCGAAGAUGAGGAGGUUGACUAUGAGGAAAUAGGGGUGGCCGACACCUUUGCAGCUUACUGGCCCAGCAAACUGAAGUUUGGAAGAGCCCAUCCCGAUCCCGUGGUGGAAACGGCCACUCUGUCAUCCGUUGAGCUGCCCAAUAUAAACUAUCAGUUGGCCCUGCCCUCGAAGACCACCGAAUGUUUGAGUGCCCUGCAGCUGGAGGCAGUGGUCUAUGCCUGUCAGGCUCACGAGCAGAUCCUGCCAAGCGGAGAUCGCGCUGGAUUUCUGCUGGGCGAUGGGGCUGGUGUGGGCAAAGGCCGCACCAUUGCCGGCAUUAUUUUCGAUAACUACCUGAAAGGGCGGAAACGUGCCCUUUGGGUCUCGGUCUCCAGUGACCUCAAGUUCGAUGCAGAGCGGGAUCUAGCCGAUAUAGGAGCCCACGAAAAGAUCCGUGUAGCGACAAUCAACAAGUUUAAAUACAGCCCCAUUGAUUCCGAAGAAAAUGAAAAUUUCAAGCGCGGCGUGAUAUUUUGCACUUACACAGCUUUAAUUGGAGAAUCAAUGACGACCAACUCGAAGUACAAGACUCGUUUUCGCCAGUUGACCAAUUGGCUGGGCAAAAAGUUCGAAGGAGUGAUCGUCUUUGAUGAGUGCCACAAGGCCAAGAACCUAAGCCUGAUGAAUGUGGGUAAGUCCACCAAGACGGGAACGACUGUUCUGGAUCUACAGAAACUGUUGCCAAACGCCAGAGUGGUCUAUGCUUCAGCCACGGGAGCAAGUGAGCCCCGGAAUAUGGCCUAUAUGGUGAGAUUGGGCCUGUGGGGUCCAGGUACCGCCUAUCCAGAAUUCUACGAAUUUGUUAACGCCGUGGAGAAGCGCGGCAUAGGAGCCAUGGAAAUCGUUGCCAUGGACAUGAAGCUAAGAGGUACUUACAUAGCACGUCAACUUAGCUUCAAGGAUGUGAGUUUUCGCAUCGAGGAGGUGAACAUGUCGAAGGAAUUUCGCAAGAGCUAUAAUUUGUCUGCCGAACUCUGGGCUGACAUACACAAGAAGUUCCAGAAGGCGUGUCGCCUAAUGUGCGUCGAGAAUAGGGUGCAGAAGAUUAUAACCUGUCAGUUCUGGUGCGCCCAUCAGCGUUUCUUCAAGAACCUGUGCAUUGCCUCCAAAGUGAAUCACGUGGUCAAGAUGACGCGGCAGGCGACACGAAUGGGAAAGGCGGUGGUCAUUGGCCUUCAAUCUACUGGGGAGUCGCGUACCCUGGAGCAUCUAGAACGUCAUCAUGGAAAGCUUAACAGCUUUGUGUCCACCGCAAAGAUGAUCAUUCAGUCGUUUGUGGAAAAGCACUUCCCAGCUCCUAAACGCGACUCGUUUCAUCAUUUACUAAAUACGGGUGAGUUUGAGCCGGAGGCACGUUCCCGCCCACCCAAACAGAAGAAGUCAAAAAUGAAUACCGAUUGGGUUGAAGAUGAUAUGGAUGCCGAGGCGGGCGAAAGCGACAUCGAGAUGUACGAGAGAAGCUGUACUGCGGCUGUUGAGAAGAUUAAGUCUGGACAAAAGCGGCGAGGACGACCGCCCAAGGCGGACAAAGUGGAGAAGAUUACCAUGCAGGAGCGCAUCCUGGAGCAUCUUUGCAAUAAUAUGAGGGAACAGGAUAACGAAGAUGAAUCCACAAACACUUCCGACAAUACCAAGGUAAAGGUAAACAUCACGGAGCGUGAUGUAGAACGCUGUAUAAACAUGCGUGAGAUGCUGCUGGAGAAAAUCGAUGUUCUGGGCAGGAAGUUGCCGCCCAACACGCUCGACAAACUAAUCUCUGAACUGGGUGGCACCAAUUUGGUGGCCGAGAUGACAGGCCGUCGUGGAAGAGUGGUGCGAACGGAGUACGAUGGGUAUAAGUAUGAGCCACGUUGUGAAAACGACUCCACUAUGGACCUGGUCAAUUAUCGGGAGAAGCAACGCUUCAUGGAUGGCAGCAAGCACGUGGCCAUCAUCUCGGAGGCGGCCUCCAGUGGAAUAUCUUUACAGAGUGACAAGAGGGUUUCUAAUCAGCGGCGCCGUCUGCACAUCACUUUGGAACUCCCAUGGAGUGCAGAUCGGGCCAUACAGCAAUUUGGGCGCACCCAUCGCUCCAAUCAGGUCAAUGCACCGGAAUAUGUAUUUGUGAUCACCGAUCUGGCUGGUGAGCGUCGAUUUGCAUCCACGGUGGCCAAGAGACUGGAGAGCUUAGGAGCCCUUACCCAAGGCGAUCGUCGUGCCACCGAUGCCCGUGAUCUCUCCCAGUUCAAUAUCGAUAAUAGCAUCGGGCGCAGUGCCCUUGAGAAUGUGAUGCAACAGCUGACCAGCAAUAAACCACUGGACCGGUCUCAAGUGCCUCAAUCGUAUAAGGGAAACUUCAUAUACGAUUGUUGCGUGGCAAUGGCCGGCGUGGGUAUGAUCAAUGUGCGGGAGGAGAACAAGGUCAAGGUGUUCACCGUGGAGAAGGAUAGUAAUAAUAUCUCAAAGUUUCUAAACCGCAUCCUUGGAUGCCGGGUGGAAGUGCAAAAUGCACUUUUUAAAUUCUUUCUGGACAAGAUGUACUCACUGAUCAUGCAAAUGAAGCGCACAGGACGCUUCGAUUUGGGGAUUUUAGAUCUGGAUGCCCAUGGAGCAAGUGUAAAAUCCAUCAAGCUGAUGAGGUUCAUUAGGAAGCACGCCACAGGAACGGCGGCCACCGAACUUCAUACGGUGACAGUGGAACGUGGUAUGUCCUUUGAGACAGCCCUAGCCAAAUACCGAAAGGAGGGCCAAUACGAGCACGAAGGCUUCUAUAUUCUACAAAAGCGGCGCCAAAACAAGAACUCCGCAAUUUUAUGCCUGCAGGCACCGUCCAAUUCAUCGGAUGUAUCAAACGGAAAGAUCAAUUUGCAAAUCUACCGACCCAAUACAGGUCCCCAAGUGCGAUUGGAGACACAUGCCUCCAUUUCAUCACGAUAUGUGAAGGUAAGCCCGGAGGAGGCCCAAACAUACUGGGUGCAGCAGUACGAAUUGUGCUUGAAUAUGUGCUCACACCUCUACUGGAAUCGGACCUGUCCAAUGCCGACGGGCUGUGAAGUAGGACUCCGAAUGCGUACCUAUCACGUGCUCUCCGGGUUAAUGCUACCGAUUUGGGACCGGAUCGAACUCAUUAUCGUAAAUAGCGGACACAAGAUCCAGAUCAUACGCAUGAAGACCGAUGCAAACAAGAAGAUAGUGGGUACGGUGGUACCGCCUGCCGUCUACGAUGACCUGGUGGCCGAUUUGUCCACGGAUUCCCUCGUGGAGAGCCAUUAAAAUGACACCGCCCAGUGUACGGCGAAGCGCACAGCACUUCUAUUGCCACUUUAAAAAUAUCAACCGAAAUUGUAGCAUUCAAUGCAAUACAUGUGGCGUAAGCUUUCGCUUUUUCAAAAUGCCAAGCACGCUCCACCAGCUCCACCCAGGAGGAGCAGCACGCCCAUGUUCCCGGCAAUAAACAAUGGCCACAGAAGCACAUACGGGAAGACACUUACAGCUCGUCUGCGUGCGUAUGUGAUUCAUAUGUAUUGUCUGCUGCGCUGCGGAGUGAGCUUCGCAUACACUAAAAAAAAAAUAAAGCUACCC